AUGGAGGCCGCCGCAAGCGUCAUCGCGGUCGUCCAGCUGGCCGCCAAGGUCGGCUCUCUCUGUCUCGAAUACUCGUCCGCCGUCAAGAGCGCCAGGUCCGACAUCGAGCGCCUGAAAAAACAUACCGACAGCCUGAAGGCAACCGCUGAAGGCGCGCAAAAGCUUCUCCAAGGUCCACAUGGAGCUCGGCUCGGGACUUCGCAGAAGCUGCGCGAAACCCUUAACGACACCCGCUCGCAGCUUGGUGAUGUCGCUACGAAGCUGGAAGCGAAACUACAUGGUCGCACAGGGAAGGCGAUGAGACGCGUGGGACUGCGAGCCUUGAAGUGGCCGUUCGAGAGCAAGGACAUGGACAAGAUCAUUGCGAACCUUCAGCGAUACCAAGACUCUUUUGCGGCCGCCCUUCAGAUUGAUCAAACCACCGAAAUUCUUGAUAUCCACUCUAAGGUCGACCUAGCAAUGCUCCCGGUCGCAAGUGGCGCGGCCUUCGACUCGCACGCCGAGGAGCACAACGCACGAUGCCACCCCGACACCCGAACCGAGCUCCUUCGCCAAAUCCAGGAGUGGGCAAACGAUCCUCAAGCCGAGAGCAUAUUCUGGCUGAAUGGCAGGGCUGGAACAGGAAAAUCCACCAUCUCUCGGACCGUGGCCAACUCGUUCGCAGACGAUGGCCUGCUUGGCGCGAGCUUCUUCUUCAAAAGGGGGGAAGGCGAUCGCGGCAAGGCUGGCUUGGUUUUCCCUACCAUUGCUCGUCAGCUUGUGCGUAAAAUCCCUGACCUGGUACCUUCCGUCAGAGAGGCCAUCGAUGCCGACCCGGACGUUCCUAGGAAGGCCCUGAGAGACCAGUUCGAAAAGCUCAUCCUCCAACCGCUUGGCUGCAUUCGCCACACUACGCCAGUUGUGAUCAUCAUUGACGCUCUCGACGAAUGUGAUAGAGACGACGAUGUGGAGACAGUCAUCACCCUCCUCGCGCAAGCAAAGGUGGUACGCCCCGUACCUCUGAAGAUUUUCAUUACCAGUCGGCCUGAGCUGCCUAUUCGCCUGGGUUUCAAUCAUGAAGACGUCAAAGGAAAAUAUCGAGACCUAGCUCUGCACCAGAUAUCAGAGCAAGUUGUAGAACAGGAUAUAUCC